GUUUCCCUGUGUGUCUUACAAGCUGUUAUUCAUUGUGAAGAUUUCUGCAUCUAGCCCAAUGGUCAAUGUAAGCAGGCGUGUGUUGCAAAAGAGGAGGAAUCCUGAAUUAUUAUCGGAACUCUGUAUUUGUCUUUUAUAUUUUUUAUUGAUUACAGUAUGCAGUCAAGGGAAAACAGACAUCUUUCUGACUUCUUAUUCUGAUAUCAGGAAUGGAUUCGUUAAAUAAUAUUGAAAAAGAAGCUCGAUUCUAUAGGCCUCGCCAUGCUUUUCCUUUAAAGUAGGGUGAUUUGGGUUGCUUCGGCAAUAUUCUGAGAUCACGGCUCUUGGAAUCAUCGUAAUGAUUCUCGUCUUUUGGCAAGACCAUCCAGUAGUCUCAAUUUAUUUUCAUUGGGAUUGCAAUUUUAUCAUUCUGGUAAAAGCAAGCAUUUUCCCUUUAUUUAUCCUCUAGAUGCACAGUGGAGCACUGUUAUUUAUUGACCUAACAAGAAUGCCUGGUCAAUAUUAGCCUUUUCACUUCAAAUCAUGUGCAGAAGUGGCAAAUCAAGCACAGAAGUGGCAAAUCAAGCAUCCAAUUGUUGAUGUGCAUUUAGUAGGUAGUAAAAAAUGGACCGCUGGGGUUGGUCGCGGAAGAAAAAAAGCUCUGAGAAAAAUGUGGCAGCAUCAGAUCCUGUAGAGCCAUCAGUUGCUCGGUCAGCAUCCCAUAAUGAGGAACAGGAUACCAUCAAGACUCUUGCAGAUCAUGUUCGGAUGUCAGAAGAGGCAAUGAUUCAAGUUCAUGAGUCAGAGGAGAAAGUAAAGUAUUUAAAUGAAAAGCUUUCUGCUGCAAUGUCAGAGAUUGGUACUAAGGAAAGUCUGGUGAAACAGCAUGCCAAAGUUGCAGAAGACGCUGUGUCAGGUUGGGAGAAGGCCCAAAAUGAAGCACUAGCUUCAAAACAACAGGUCGAGUCUCUAACACAGCAAAAGGCUGUUCUUGAAGAACGAGUAACCCAUUUGGAUGGUGCUCUAAAAGAGUGCAUGAAGCAACUCCGGCAUGUAAGAGAAGAGCAAGAGCAUAAAAUUCAUGAGGUUGUUAUCAGCAAGACCAGAGAAUGUGAUAAAAUCAAAUUUGAAUUUGAGGCCAAAUUAGUGAAUUUGGAACAGCAACUUCUUCAAGCAAGUGCAGAGAAUACUGCACUAUCCAGGUCAUUGCAGGAACGUUCAAGAUCAUUGGCAGAAUUAAAUCAACUUAGAUCUCAAGCUGAAGCUGAAGUUAAAGUGCUCCAAGUUAAUAUCGAGUCAUAUCAAAAUGAGAAUUCUUCUCUCAAAUAUGAACUUAAUGUGCUUAGCAAGGAACUUGAGAUCCGGAAUGAAGAAAGAAAUAUGAGCAUGAAAAGUGCAGAUGCAGCUAACAAGCAACAGUUGGAAACUGUUAAAAAGAUUGCAAAAUUAGAAGCUGAGUGUCAAAGACUCCGUGGUUUGCUACGGAAAAAAUUGCCAGGGCCUGCUGCACUUGCUCAAAUGAAGAUGGAAGUUGAGAACUGGGGAAAGGAGUCAGGAGAAGGAAGGAAAAGGAGGUCACCUGUGAAAGCUUCUGGUUUAUAUCUUUCAACUUCAUAUGAUUCUAGCUAUGAUGAUUCUCAUGAACAAGGUCAAAAGGAGUCUGAGUUUCUAACUGAACGCCUUUUCACCAUGGAAGAGGAAACAAAAAUGCUAAAAGAGGCUUUGUCAAAGCGUAAUAGUGAGCUUCAAGCUUCAAGAAUGAUGUGUGCCAGAACAGCUAGUAAACUUUCUAGUGUAGAGAAACAAUUAGAAGUUAUAAACAAUGGUCAGAAACGAAGAAAACCUGCCCUUGACAUGCAUGUAGAACAACCGCGAGGUCAAACUACAAGCAACCCACCAAGCUUAACCUCAGUGUCUGAAGAUGGGAAUGAUGAUGAGAUAAGCUGUGCAGAGUCAUGGGCCUCUGCACUGAUAUCAGAGCUAUCUCACAUUCAGAAAGAAAAGAGCUCAGUAACUACUACUAAGGCUUUGGACUCAUGCAAUAUGGAUCUAAUGGAUGAUUUCACAGAGAUGGAGAAGUUGGCCUCCCUCCCUUCACCAAAAAUGGACCAGACAAUUGGUAAAUUAGAUGACCGAAGUGAAAAGGGUGUGGUGGGAACCGAAGAGAAGAUUUUCUUGGAAGAAACUCUUGCAAAAAGGGAUUCAGAGCUUCAAUCUGCCAAUCAGCAAUGCCUAGAUCUGUCCAAAAAGCUAGCUUCUGUACAAGAAGAGUUGACUGAAUUGCAAUCUAAAAAUCUUGCCAAUGAGAAUACUUUAAUCAAUCUUCAGGCAAGAUUAGAUAUGAUAUUUGAGGCACAAGCUGAAGGUGGGGAUGUGCAAAAGGUUUUGCAGGAUGUUCAGUGUGCUAUGGCAGAAGAAGUUGAAGCACUUUCUACUUCUCAUGCUUGUGAUAGGAAGCUCCCAAAACAGCCUGUACCUUCACAUGACUUUGAUAAUCAAGUAAAUGCUUUUCAGUUCACCAAAAGUUUGACAGAGGAGGGGGCGAUUUCUCCCUCUGAUACUACAGUUGAUAUUGAUGUUACUGAUCCUAAGCUUGAAAGUACUGUGUGUAGAGUUGUUACUCUUGUAGAGUCUAUUGCCAAUGAAGCUAGAAGUUCACAUAAUUUCCCAGCCUCCAAACUGCAUGAUCUAGAUGUCAGCAUUGAGAUGUUUACAAAAUCCAUAAAUCAAAUUUUAUAUGGUAAACCAGAUAUCAUAGAGUUUGUUUCUGAGCUAUCAUCAGUCCUGGUCCAGCUUUCUGAAAUGAGUGCUCCUGCUUUUGGUAAAUGUGAUGCUCACAAUGAAUUAAAUAUGGCGGACAGUAUAAAAUCCGGAGUAGGUAAGUCUAAUGACUUUGAAAAUGGGAAUCUUGAUCCUAGUUCAUUGAGAGAGGAUACGGCUUCUAGCUCCCCUUCUAUGCCAUCAUAUACUAGUAGUCCAAAUGCAAAUACUGAGCUCAGUGUGAUUCAAGAGGAAAAAGCAGCUUUGGAGUCGGAGGUGAAGGCUGGAAUGGCUAGAUAUGCAGUUCUACAAGAGGAGCUCACACAGGCAAAGGCAGAGAAAGCUGAGUUAGACACUGAGUUAUUGGCAUCCAAAGAGAAGCUAACCCAAACAAAUGCUCAACUCACUGAGGCAGAGCACACACUGGUAAACUUGCAAGAACAACUUACUUCUGCUUUGGAGUCAAAGAAAAUAGCAGAGAAUGAGUUGGAAACCAUGACAUCAUCCAAAGCAGAUUUGGAGUCCCAGUUGAAGGCAGCAGAAGUGGAUAUCAAGCAUUUGCAUGAAAAAGUGGAGGCUCUAGAGUCUGAACUUAAAGAGGAACACAAACACUAUGUGGAUGCUGAGGCAAAGUGUCAAGAGCUACAGGAAUCGUUGCAAAGGAAAGAGGAAGAGUUGGCAAGUUUGCAGUCCUCAAUUGCAGAUAAUGAUUCCACAAUGAGACAGAAACGAGAAAUAGAAGCCGCUGCAGAGAAGAUUGCUGAGUGCCAGAAAACAAUACUUAAUGUAGGGAGACAGUUGAAUGCCCUAUCUUCUCCAAAUCAUUCUGUAGACUGGUCUUCUGACAAAGAAAAUGGGCUGUUCAUCAGUACAUCAUCUGUUCGAGCAUCCCAGAAGGAAUCACAUGACACAAAACGUUCCAGACAUAAUAUAGAGGAUCUAUCCAAUUCCACUAGUCAGGAAACUGAAAGGAAUGGAAGAAUUGAACAGGGUGCUUCCUGGAGUUCAUAUACCAACCAUGCCUCAGGGGUAUGUGAACCUAAUAUUCCAGUAUCAGGAAAUAACAAGCAAAAGACUGGCCAAUACACCAGCAUAUCAUCUGGUAGCCCUGCUCAUGACUUGUUGAAAAAUAACGAAUCCAUUGCACCAAUCCAUGAAGAUUGUAUAGAAGGCCACCCAACAUUGCCUAGCUCUUCGGAUACUGAACCAAGUUCCUCAAGUAUGGCCCUUGUAGUUGUGAAGCCUACUCAUCGAAAAAUUAAGAUUCCUCGUUCUUCAACAGGAAUAUCCAAGUCUUUGACUGCAGAUGAGGGAAAACCAUCAUCUUCAGUUUCCUCAUCAGAAAAGCAUGGAAGUGGGUUCAGCAGGUUCUUUUCAAGGACAAGGACUAACCAUUAGACAAAGGCAGAAUCUACCGCCCAUAAAUGUGAAUUGUUAAACUGCAUGGUAGCUUGUCUAUUCUUUUAUUUGCCUACCUUUGGAUAUGGCUCUAUAGUAGUUAAGACUAAAACCCAAUCAAUCGAAAUCAGUGACUUAUAAAUGAUGUCAAUAUUACUACAAAACAGCUGCUUUCAGUCUCAAGUAUAACACCUUUGUAAAUUCCAAGAGGUGUGAGGUUUGUUUCUUUGCCAAUCUUGUGGCAUUAGGAAGUAGCCCAGCUAUGCUGGAAUUUGUAAAUGUUAUGACUCUUGAUGGUGCAGCACACCAACCAUCAUAAUUCAUUAAUUUAUAUGAGCUCAAAUUCAUCCUU